UUCACACAUUGUUCUCUCUCUCCCGUUCUCUCUCUUUCUCUUCAUUUGCGCUCAGGAUUCUCCGCUCGGCUUUCAGCUCUGGCUCUUCUGACGGACACACUGAUCUGAUUUAGGAUGAUCUGCACAUUACCAACAACUCACAGCUCUGACAAAGAGUUGGAGGAGCAACAAAACACACGCUGACACACACACACACACUGACACACAGACGCAGUGAGCAGGGGUUUCUCUUAUCGAGAGGGAUUCCCUCACCCAGAGACACAGAGGUCUGCACUGAUGAAGAGCGGCUGCAGAUGAAGAUGCUGUCUGGAAGCGGCUGAAACUCUUUCCAUCCUCCCCUGAUGGAGGACAAGAAGAUGAGCGUCACGCGUCAGCAGACCUUCAACAUCCUGACCAUUAUCUUACUCCUGCUGCCGAGCACAGCUCUCUCCGCUCACUUUCGGGUGUGUGAGCCGUAUUCUGACCACAAGGGCCGCUAUCACUUCGGCUUCCACUGCCCUCGACUCUCGGACAACAAGACGUACAUGUUCUGCUGCCAUCAUAACAACACAGCCUUCAAAUACUGCUGCAACGAGAGCGAGUUCCAAACCGUCAUGCAGGUCAACCUGACCACCUCACCCGACGCAUACGGACACAAUAACUACUCGGCAUUAAUCGGCGUGUGGAUCUACGGAUUCUUCGUCAUGGUGCUGCUAGCGCUGGAUUUUCUCUAUUACUCGGCCAUGAACUAUGAAGUGUGUCGGUUUUACCUGGAGAAGUGUGGUCUGGGCGGCCGCUGGCUCAAACAGUCGCAGUAUAAGUGGCAGGCAGAUGGGCAGGAGGAACGGGACGGGCGAACGGCUCCAUCACAAACUCAAGAGCAGCACCAGCAUCCACACAGCUGCAGCGCUCAGAUCAGACACAACCUGACAGGAGAUUCACAGAGUCCAGCGCAGGCCACACACAACACAGCCACAGCCUGAGACUGACCAUAGGACAGACCACUGCGAGGAUGUGCAUAAUGGGAAACGUAGUACAUGCCUUUGCCACAUGGACCUACAUGUCACAGAGGCCCGUUUGCCACAAAUCUCAAAAAGCACAAACUUCAAACCCCUCGACUAACCAAGAACCUCAAAACAGGAGAGUCUGAAAGAAACUGAGAAACAGAAACUCCAGAUUGUGGACCAAACUGGACUUCAAUGGACACUGAAUUACCGCAGGACGUAUCUGGAGGAUCUAUGUAGCUGUUUCUUUCAUGACACUUCUGGAUUAAACUCUUUGUAACUGUGCAGUUUAUUUAUUUGUAGUCAAGGGGAAAGCACUGAGCGAUAAAUGAAGUCGUCAAAUAUGAUUUCAAAGAUCCAAGCACUCUCAAGAACUGAAAUGACCUUUUCCAAGUAAAUAUCAAAACUCACACGUCGUGGAUGGUUUCGCAGUAAAGAUGUCAAAUGAAAUAGUGCAGUGAAUGUUGUUGUUUUUUUUUUUGUUUUUUUUUACUGCUGUUGUGCUUUUGACAUUUUCUCAUUUGUAAGAAUCAGUGAGGUAGCAAACUGUGCUUUUUAUUCCCCCCGUUUGUCUCCUUCGCUGAAGACCUCAUUGUGUGUGUUUCGUCAGGUUGUUCUGAGACCUCAGAGGAGGUUUUGUUCAGCGGUUAUUAUUGAUAUUGAGCAGAGUUGAUUUAGAGUUUAGUUUUUGAGUAAACUGCCGAAAUGAAAUAAUAAAAAAAAACAUGAUUUCACACUCCUGGAA